CAAUACUCAGGCGCCAACCCUGGAAUCUUGUUACUGUGCUCUCGUGCUGCCCCCAGCUGCUUUUCUGUCUCUGAAGCUGAGUCGACGUCCUUUUGACUAGUUGCUGAGUGGGUCCCGACGUCUUCUUCCACCGGACUCUGCUGGAUGGUGGGGAGUUUCCGCUUAUGCAGUCCUCUUCCCCCAAACUUUACCACACCUGCCAUUUAUGCUUACGCGGAAGGUUUGGUCCCUUAUCAAUAACUAACGUGUUUUGAUGGUUUACUCUACAUAGAUCAAAGAGGUCAUCUUUACACCGGAGGAAUAAUUUAAAGGCAUUGUUACGUGUUGCAACAAAGCUUAUGUAAUAAAACUGAAGAAACCUAAUUGCACAUUCACUGAGAAGUUUGUGUCAUCUUUAUAUGCCCUCGAAUAAAAAGAUUUAUUUAAGAAAUAAUUUCAGUGGGCAGUGUUAAUUUGUUUAAUGUAUAAAAGAUCAGAUUACAAUAGGUACAGUAUCUAUAUUUUAUGAACCCAUUAACUGUAAAUCAGCAUUCAUAUGUAAACAAUUUUAGAAUUGAUAAUGCUUUGUAAUUUAAAUCUUUCCCUAUUAGCACUAGAUUAAUAUUUUGUAUAUGAACUUAAAUUUCUCCUAUUUGCAUCCUUUCAAAUAUACUCGAAAUCACUAAAAAAACUUUUGAUGUGCAUUUAAAACAUAAGAGUUGGUUUGUGUCACGUGUUUUGAAGCUUUCUCAAACCAGCAACAUGAAAAAUCAAUCUGGAGAGAAACCGUACCAGUGUUCAGAGUGUUUAAAAGAUUUUUUAGAUGAAUCUAAUCUAUUGUCACACAUGAAAAUUCACUCAGGAGAGAAACCAUAUAAAUGUUGGGAAUGUCCACAAGACUUCUCAAUUAAAUCUCUUCUGAUAUCACACAUGAAAUCUCACAAAACAAGGAGAGUAUAUCAGUGUUCAGUGUGUUUAAAAGAGUACUUUUCCAAAUCAUAUCUGGCAACUCACAUACGAACUCAUACAGGAGAGAGACCACAUGAGUGUUCUGAAUGUUUAAAGAAGUUUAUAAAUAAAACACAUCUGGGCACACACAUGAGAACUCACACAGGUGAAAAACCAUAUAAGUGUUCUGAGUGUUCCAAAGUCUUUACAGAUCAAUCUGGUUUGAUAAAACACACAAGAACUCACACAGGGGAGAAACCAUACAAAUGUUCACAAUGUUCUAAAAGUUUUUCACAGAAAUCUUCUCUUGCAUCACACAUGAGAGCACACACAGGAGAGAAACCGCAUCACUGUUUGGAAUGUUCAAAAGGCUUUCUCUCAAAAUUGCAUUUAGCAACACACAUGAGAACUCAUUCAGGAGAGAAACCAUAUCAGUGUUCAGUGUGUUCAAAAAAUUUCUCACAAAAAUCUUCAUUAGUAUCUCACAAGCGAAGUCACACAGGUGAGAAACCAUAUCAAUGUUCAGAGUGUUCAAAAGACUUCUCACUUAAAUCUUUUCUAGUAUCACAUAUGAGAACCCACACAGGAGAAAAACCAUAUAAGUGUUCUGUGUGUUCAAAAGGAUUUUCACAAAACUCUUCAUUAGUAUCUCACAAGAGAAGCCACACAGGUGAGAAACCACAUCAGUGUUCUGUGUGUUCAAAAGCAUUUUCUCAAAAAUGUAGUCUAGUAAAGCACAUGGAUCUUCACAAUAAAAAUAGUCCAUGACUACCUAAUGCAAAAAAAUAUAUUAGCUCUGAUAACACAUGAGGAAAUAUUUUUAUCAGAAAUUACAAGACAUUGCAUUGUCUUGUAAUUGUCUCUUAAAAACACAUAUAUACUUGAAAAUUCCAAAUGCCGUGGCUGAGAUUACUUGCCACUUGUGUGAUACAAAAUUGAGCAUCGUACCACUGGACCUCCACACUAUUAAAGUAAGAGGUUGCAUUUUUCAACUGAUUCAACCCCCUAACCAAGGUGCAUUUUCUAAAUUGCUGGAGUCGCUUCAGUCUUUUCCUCUUUGGAGCUGGAUUUUGGGGUGUCGCUCGGCUUCUGGAUUUUCAGUUUGGUUCUCCUUGCUGUUCUUGUGCGGGAUGUGUCCACAAUCUCGUAGACAGUCUCUCUUGUUUCAUUCCCAUUCCCGUUGAUUGGACCAUCAACAUCGUGUCCUUCUAGCCUCGCUGCAAGGCGUACAAUUGCCCUGAGGUUAACCUCUUCAAGUUGGUGUGGAACUGGCAGCUUCCAUCGCAUGUGGCUUCAUUUGCCGAUUCCAGAAGUCUUGUGGUGGAUGUCUUUUGAUUGACCUGAUCGAGAUGGGGAUUCAUUUAUCUCUGCUCUCUCUCUCUAGUUCAGUUGUUACUCCAGGUUUUGUUCAUGCAGGUUACUUAUAGGGGUAGGGUAAUCCUUCUAGCUCCUUGGUGGCUGACUCAUCCAUGGUUUCCAGCUUUUCUGACCUGGUGUCUGUGGGGGUAAUUCACUCUUAACAUAUAAUAAGAUUCAAAAGAUAGGAGAACCAUACAAUUAGUAUGGGCUCAGAGAACCAGUGAUUUAUGGCUCUCAAUAAUAAAUUUAAUAAUAGAUUUAAAAUGAAUUUAGAGAAGUGGACUGUAAAACUUCUAUUAAAUUUAGAGCUAAUCCCUUACACAUCUUUUGGGGGGUUAAAUUCUAUGAUAUUAGUAUAUCUGUAAAUAUUGAAAUAACAUGUUCAUAAAUCAUUAGAAAUCAAUAAGGCAUGGGUUAAAUUUCUAACUACAAUAUGGAACAGAUAACGGCUUAGCUGCCAAAGUUGAACAUAGGAUGUGUCCGGCAACUAUGAACUGUUUAAUCCUGUCCGAGUUGGUAUCUCUAGCGACAUGUGACUCUAUUGGUGGAAUUGUCUCUCUUGAAGUUAGCUCCAUGCUGAAAAAGGAAUCAUAUGUAAUUUCCACUUCAGAGAAUAUAUAAAUACAUUUACUCAAGUAAUCUGAGUGGAUUGGGGGGUAAAAUUUACACUCACGGGGAUUAUUAAAUUUCCAUGCUGUAUAAUGACAAAGCACCAACAUAAAUGGCACCACAUGAGGAACCCAAGACCCCCCAUGUUCACGUGAUUUUACCGCAUCUUCAGUUAGCGCCUGUACUUUGCGUAGACGGGCUUUAGCUCUUGGUCCACGGUGUGCAACGAUUCCUCGCCAUGGUGCCACUGUUUCGUCUCGCAGGACACCAGGUGUACUUGUUUGGAGUAAUGGUGAUGAUUUUGUUCCACAAAUUCCUGUCUUUGACAAUAAAGACGUUGGGAUUACAGACCUUUACCCUGAUACUGGUGAGGACAUGUGUGAAAUGGACUACAGUGGAGCCUCGAUUAACGAAUUUAAUCCAUUCCGGCACCGAGCUCGUCAUGUGAAACGCUCAUUUUUCAAAACGAAUUUCCCCAUUUCAAAUAAUAGAAAUAAAAUUAAUCCGUUCCACCCACAAAAACAUCAAAAUAACAUUUUA